UAGGCUGAGUUUCGGCUCGACCAAUUACAGAGCACUUCUCACUCAGCUGAUUCAGAUUCAGUUCUGGGUUCCUGCUCCCUUUAGUUGCAUGCACCGUUUCACCUCGCCUGUUCCACGUGCUGAGUGCUGAUCUCACCUGUUGGCUACUUCUCACUCAUUAUGGCCACGCGCGUUCGACCGAGUGGUAAACGGUGUGCGGUCAUCGGGGGGUCUGGUUUCCUGGGCAGGCACUUGGUGGAGAAGUUGUUGGAGAGAGGCUACUCCGUUUCUGUGUUCGACAUCCGUCAGAGCUACGAGCUGCCCGGUGUCACCUUCCACCAGGGAGAUCUCUGCGACAAACAGGCUCUGCUGCCUGCUCUGAAGGACGUGUCCCUGGUCUUCCACUGCGCCUCCCCAGCCCCCGCCAGCGAUGACCGUGAGCUGUUUGAGAGGGUCAAUAUUCAGGGCACACGCACUGUCAUUCAGGCAUGCAUCGAGGCUGGAGUACAGAAACUGGUCCUGACAAGCAGUGCCAGCGUGGUGUUUGAAGGGAGAGACAUUAAGAACGGCAGAGAGGAUCUACCCUACGCGAAGAGGCCCAUCGAUUAUUACACAGAAACCAAGAUUGAGCAAGAAAAGUUGGUCCUCAAGGCUUGUGACAAGGACAAGGGUUUCCUCACUGUUGCCAUCCGGCCUCAUGGCAUCUUUGGCCCUCGGGACCCACAGCUGGUUCCUAUUCUGGUGGACACAGCUCGCAGGGGCAAGAUGAAGUUCAUUAUAGGGGAUGGGACCAAUCUGGUGGAUUUUACCUUUGUGGAGAAUGUAGUUCACGGCCACAUCCUGGCUGCUGAGCGCCUGAGGCCGGACUCCCCCACAUGUGGAAAACCAUACCACAUCACCAAUGAUGAGCCAGUUAGAUUCUGGGACUUCAUGUCUGAGGUGCUGGUGGGUCUGGGAUAUGCUGCCCCCCGUUACCACCUCCCCUACACUCUUGUGUAUGGACUGGCCCUGCUCCUCUGGCUGCUGGCCCUGAUUCUGCGCCCUCUGGUGUCAUUUAAACCCACAUUUACACCAAUGAGAGUUGCCCUGGCCGGAACCCACCACUACUACAGCUGUGAGCGUGCCAAGCACGACCUGGACUACAAACCGGUAGUCAGUCUGAAGGAGGGAAUAGCACGCACAGUUCAGAGCUACCCUCAUCUCAGACAAGGUGCAUGAGCGUUGAGACACCCGUGGGCUCAGGUCAGGGAUCAGGUCGCACUGACUGGACAAUUCAAAAUGAGGGAACAGGUAGUUUAUUCAGACCCCACAAUGUGUCGCAUUAACUUUGUGUGCCUUUUCAGUGUUAAUGUACAAUUUUCACCAGAGGAUGGCAGUAGAUGGUCAUGUUUUUUCUCGACAUGCUGCAGUCUGAUAUUACUAAGGUAACUGGUAAAUAUUAAAUGCUCUUAAAUAUUAAGGGCUUUAAAUAAUAUUAUGUUGAUCUGACACUGUAAACUACAAAGAUGCACAAAUAUUCUUGUUCCAUUUUCAUGUGUUUUUACUGUGUGCUGUGCUGUACACACAUUGAGGUGCUGCUGUUUAUCUAAAAAGGCCUUAAAAUAUUCCACUGAAAGGUGAUUCUCCUGAUGCUACGUGCAUGAAAAUAAUUCAGUGAUGUUAGGCAGGCCUUUGCACUUAAAAUUGCUGCCUUACUCUGUUGUAAAAGUGUACAUGCUUAUAUUAAUGCUGAGACAGUUUUUGCUCUUAAUGUCCCUCCUUUACAUACUGACCAUAAACAGUCCUAAUGUGACCCCAAUGCAACAAAUGGGGGACAAAUCCGCAGUCUUAGUUAUACACAGAAAUGCAUUUCAAACUUCAGCCAAAGCUAAUAUGAGACUUUAGGAGUGUGGGAUCAACAAAUCAAUCAGCAGCCUCCAAACUUAUUGUGUUUUCUGGUGCAAUGUUCUCUUUGUGUGACUGGCAGAAUAAAGAAGAAAUUGAGCACUAAA